CUUGCCUCGGUGUUCGAAAAAUGGUGUGAGUUGGACUUCGAGUUUCUCGGAAACGUCAGUGGAGAACCAUACAUCCUGCAAACGAAUGUUUUCGCCGAGGGCAAAGGUGACCGAGAGCAGCGCAUCUACCUCUGGUUCGAUCCCACUGAAGACUACCACUACUACGGCAUUUUAUGGAACCAGAAUCUGAUCUUAUUUAUGGUCGACGACGUGGUCAUCCGAGUGUUUCACAACAGCAAGGAUCUGGGAAUUCCAUACCUGGAGUACCAGCCCAUGUACGUCUACUCCAGCAUCUGGAACGGAGAACAAUGGGCAACUCGCGGGGGAGCAGACAAGACAGACUGGUCUCUGCAGCCAUUCAUCGCGUCGUACAAGGACUUUGACGUGGAUUCGUGCGCAGUUCACAGCGAAGGCAACGACAAGGAUGACUCGCACAGAUGUUACAACAAGCUGUACAGCAGCUGGUAUGGAGGUGCCGAUGCCGGGAAGCUGACGAACAAACAGAUCGACGACUUGAAGCGCAUCCAGUACAAUUACGUGAUCUACGACUACUGCACGGAUGCUGAACGCUUCGACGAGACACCCAAGGAGUGCUCCAGGAACUGGCCUCAGAGCUACCCAGCGUGAGCACACAACUGCAGGAUAAAAUUCGCCUUGAGUAUCGUCAUAUAUGAUUAGACGCAUUCAGUGAACUUCUAAGCUUUGAAAGAAAGCUACUGAAAUCAGUGCAACAAUCUUGUAGCAUAGGUUUCAUCGAUUUUUUGGAUGUGCGUUCAUUCGCUCCUUAGAAACGGACCAUUUCUUUCGGCAGCCACUCCUCAAGAUUGUGCUCUGGUCAAAUAGAAUGAGCAGUUAAAUGCUCAGCGGUCUCCCUU